UUGAGGUUUUAAAGAGGUUUUAGGGUUGAAGGAGAGAAAGAAAAGGAGAUUGGAAAUGGCAAAUUGGGCAAGUGCAGGGAGGUCUACCUCCAACAUAAUGCGAGCAGCACUAAGAGCAACAAAAAAAUCAGCAUCACCAACAGCUAGGGUUUCUGUUUCUCAAUUUUCUUCUCCAAUCCGUCUUCCCAAUUUGACCCUCCAUUGUCACUCCCGCAUUUCGUCUUCGAGAUUGGUGCGUCGAGAAUUGAGCUCGCUUCUUCCUGUCCACAGCGCCAUUGCUUCUGCUUGCCUUGUAUCCAAACUCCCAAGCGAAGUCAGCACCUCCUCUGAAGGUAGAUUUGCUAAUUAUAUCAGUCCCAUCUAGUGCUGGUGCUUGCAGCGGCAAAGAACGAAUAGUUGAAUGGCAAUCAGUUUUUUCAAAACUGAAAUUCAAGUUUCCUGAGGUCAACUGCUAAACAUGCUUGUUUACCUGCCUUUAAUUUAAUAGUCAAAGUCUUGAGAUAUCUCAUGAAAUUCUUCUACUCUACCAUGUGAUGAAUUGGUUUUGUGAUAAGUGGCAGGAUGAUUUUAUUCUCUAUGUCCUUUGAUCAUUUGUGAAUUUAAAAUUUCCACUGAGGUGAUAACAGUAUCUGAAUAUGAUUAUGAUACUGACUUUUGUAUCCAGUUAGUGCAUGAAUAAAAUGGUACACAUGUGGAGACUGUGUAGUUAAUUUCA